CUACCAGAAUGUGCCUACCCAUUGGUGGAAAGAGACCACAACUUAAAAAUUAGUUUAUGUUAAACAAUUUACAUUUCCGUUGGGGGUUGUUUCAACUUUCUGAAAAAACACACAAAUAACCACAUUUGGCUGGUAAAGACAAAUUUACUGAACAUCUAACUCCUUGAGAGAGAGACAGAGAGAGAGAGAGACAGGGAUAAUAUAUGUAAAUGGACAAAGAAAAGCUUUGCUUGAGACAGACGGACCUACUGAGAAAUUCAACAACAACAGUAGACCAUUUCAGUUCUCAGAAAACAAGUUAUAAUUCAUCCUUUUACUGGAGUCCUAAAUGAAACUGUCUAGUUAUUUAGAUUUUUCAUACCAUAUUUAUACCUAAUAGGUAGCAUAUUAAAAUUACAAAUUUUAUAACUCGUUUGGGGAAAAACCCUGAAUCUCCAGGCCAGUGUGUAAAUAGAAAUACCUAGCACUCGCGCAGCAGUUUACAGAGAUCUUUCACAUGCAUCAUGAAUGCUCACAUCGUCCCUGGGAGGUAAGUAUUAUCACCGUUUCUCCCCAUUUUGCAGACAAGGGGUGGCUGUGAUUUGCUCACUGCCUGAGCUGGGACUCCAGCCUAGAAUUUCUGUACUCUAAUUCCAGUGUUUUUUUCCAUUAUAGCUGCCAGAGGUGUCACUUCAUAGCUGGGUUAUGCAUUGACAGUUCUAAAGGUAAAAGAUGAGUUAAAAAUGAAAGCUUUGUUAAAAUCAAAUUCUUUUGGUAAAACAUGCUGUGCUUAAAACACAAAGGUGUUACAUUCCCAGCUUGCGUUUUUAUCUACAAUGGAGCUAUAAGGAAAGCCACGUGUUUAAUUUGGGUUAAAAGGGCUGAUAAACCUAGUAAUUGCCUUUCGUCUUCAUCUUUUUGCCUUAUUGUUAGCAGUACCCUUUCUCAUGUUUUUUCUGUGACAUUACAAAUUUUCUUCCUACUGACUACUCCUGCAAUAUAAAGUUUUCAAAUAAAGAAAUAGCUCCAAUCUGAGAUAGAGAAUGGGCUGUUUGUUAAGUUCAGAACAGUGGCUUGGUAGGGGACUGACCAGAAGGAACUGUUUUCGAUGGGCCUAAUUAUUAUUAAUUGAGGAGUCUUCUAUUUUCUCACCAUAACAUGAGAAAAUUAAUAAGGCUAAUAGGUUAUUGGCUUACUUCAGGUAGCCCCACAGUUUUUCCUUUCAUUAAAAAUACUGUCUUCUGUUGUGGGUUGUCAUCCUGAAAUAAUAAUAAAUACUAGUUUUGUAUGAAGGUAGAAAGUGAUAUAAAUUAGGCUUUUCAGUGCAAGCAAUACUUAAGAAGAUUUGUGUUAGCGAAGGCUUGUGAGUAAUUUAGUGGUUAGACUGGGUUAGGCAUCUGUGGAUUAAAUCAAAGAGGAUGUGCAGAGAUUUUAUCUGGAGCAGUGAGGUGACUUUGGCAGCGAACAGCCUACUUGUGUUUUCUACUAAAGUUUUUGUCUGGAUAGGAGCAACGUUGCAUGUUUAUACUCUUGCAGGUAAGAGACCCUACCAAAUAAUCCUAGGUUACCAGAAGAUAUUGCUUUUAACUAUCUAGCUCAUCUGUCAGUUUUUAAUAGCUAAAGAUAUAAUUCUGAGUAAUCUAAUUCAAAUGGUUUAGUUUCAUUGUAACUCGAAUUAUAUGGAGAAUUUUAUGAUUUCAAAAGAGCAGAUUUUGCUUUGGGAAGCCAUUUCUUCAGUAUAGAAUAAUGAGUUGUCAUGAAGAUUGACUAAAAUCGGGCAUUUGUCCUAGUUCUAAUCAACAGCAAUUUGACCCACAGGAAGCCAGCCAUUUUCAUAUGGACCAUUUCUCAUCAUUAAGUUUUCAAGUGCUUCUUCAGAGUUUUUAGUAAAAAGCAUUAUUUCGAAAAGCAUAAUAGGUAUAGGGAAUUUUGGCUUUUAAUACUCAGUACAUUUUAAGAAGCUAAUGGAAACACUGAUUUUUAAAGUAAUGUGACAGAUUCCUUAGGAGUCAGUAAUGAAGCUUCUACGUCAAUGAUUAGAAUUGGCCAUCCUUCCUGUGUUAUAGUCCAGAAUUGCAUGUGGUUGGGUAUUUACUUGUAGGCUCAAUCAAGAAUUCUCAUUCUCAAGAUAGUAGAAAUAGGUAAGUCUUAAUUGAAAAGUUUAGUACAGAAGUCAUGAAAAGGAAGGCAAAGCAAAGAUAUCACAGUCUUUUGCCAGGCACUAGCAUCUUUCAGGACUAAGGAAACAAAAAAGGAAAAUGUUUGAUUUUACUACUUGAUAACUCUAUUGAAUUCCUCUUUGAAUAUUAGAUUCCUUAUCUGUAAAAGGAUGGUGUUUCAUUUGAUCAUGUCUAAGCUCCCCUUCAGCCCCCCUAUUUUAAGGUUUGAUAGGAAAGGGGGUUAAAGUCAGAAUAACCAGUCCGUAGUAAAUUUGUCAUAGAAACCUGAAGAUGACCAGGCAAGCACAACUUGUCAAAUUUACCUACCUAAGUUGUAAAGAUGGGGGCAGGGGGGACAAGGGCAAUAUACGUAACCUUAACAUUUGUACCCCCAUAAUAUGCUGAAAUAAAAAAUAAGUAAAUAAAAAUAAAAAGUUGUGCAGAUGAAAUUUACUGUUUUUGCCUGUAUGGCUAAGAAAAUUUUGGUCAAAAUGUGCCUUUUUGAGAAUAUAUGAAUUAGUUAUCCAGGUACCCCUGAAGUUGGCUGUAGAUUUAUUAGAAGUUAUUUUAAUAAUGAAAGUCACUAUAGAAACCAAUGCCUGUCUAUGAAGCACAGUCUAUCUGUAAAGCUCCCUCACAGUAAGUUCAUCUCAGAAACCCACAGUUUCUAGUGCCCCCAUCUGCUGAAUGGGGAGGCCUCGUUCAGCACACAACCAUUUGGCCAUUAAAUAUAGAAGAAAUUGGUCCACCUUAUGAUGUGCAAACAACUUGUUUAAUCUGCUUGUUUAAUCUGUUCUGCUUCACCAAGGACAUGUUAUUUGUGAGAUGCCUGAGGGUAUCAGAUUUUGAGAGUCACCCAGAGUGUCAGCCUUAUCUGUCUGCUCUGACUUCUGGCUGUCUGGCAGGCACUCCCUCUCCCUUCUCACUUCCCUUUCUCUAGGGAGGAAGGUGAAUUACAUAUACAACUGUUCUGCUAAAUGAUUCAAUAGAGGCUCAAAAAGCAGAACACAGGAAAAGGCAUGGUUCAACCUGACUCCCUUGGGCUGGGCAGGGAGGUUUGUGGUGAGGCAAAGUAAAAGCAUAAUGAUGUCAAGUUUUAAUAGAAUCUAGCAAAUUGCUUCAGUGUGACUGGAAAACUAUGUGUAUGGGAAAGGUGUCUGAAAUUCUGGCAGCUUUCUGUAUUGCUCUUCUUAUUGCCUUAGAAUUUAGAGACAAUCUAUAAUGACUUUUUUUUUCUUUCAGAAAGCCUUCCUGACUCCACCAUAAUCUGUCUAGAUUCUAGGCCAUGGUUUUCAACCCUAUCAGAUUCCAUAACCCAGUCUUUUAACAACUAAUUUGAAAUAUUUCUUUUUUAAAAAAAAAUCCUAAUUUAUUCUUUAUUGUCCUACUAUAACAAAUGUUGUUGAUGUCCUACCCAUAUCUCCUUGGUCCUUACUGUUUUGGUGUGCCCCAGGCCUGCUUCCAACUGCCAGCACCUGCACUUGCUGUCUAACAGUAUAAAUGUAGCAGGCUGAAAGAGCCAGAAGUAAUGCUUUCUUGGCAACAUUGGUACAUAAAUACCCCCACUCCCUUGUCCCUUGUUUCCCCAUGGGAUUAAGCUCCAGUUGCCCAUAGUGGUUACUUGAUAACACACCUAUUACUAAUGGCUUUUUCCCUUUCCCUGCCUCCAUGCCCUGAUCCCCUACUUGUAUUUCCUGGAAUCACUUUCCAAAUAAUUUAUUGCCUAGAGUCCUUGAUCUGUGUCUGAUCCUGAAGGAACCCAAACUAAGACACUUAAUUACACAUAAUUAUUUUUUUAAAUCCACAUAAUGCUCUAGUAGUAACAAAAAGGACAAAUUAAAGAAAUGAAGUUGAUAAUACAACAUUGUGUAAUGUAAUUCAAUAUAUAAACAUGGAAUAUCACUACACCAAAAGAUAUAAUGAACUAAUAUGGGCAGGCUGCGAGAAAAAUUAGCUACUUCUCCCCGCAAAAAAACCCGGGUGCCUUAGGUAGUAGUUGUCACAGAGGAUAAGACAUUAAUAGGAAAUAGAAUAAAAGAAUACACAGAGAUGAAGGUAUAGUUUUAUAGGUUUAUAUGAAGAAAAAGCAAGGGUACUCAGGGGUUUCCCCUACAUCUCCAUCAGUAGAAGAGCCCGAGGUUAGAUUCACCUAGGUUUUAUAAUCACAGAUAUCAGUUAUCGGUUGCCAGGGUAACAUAUUUACAUAAUAACAGGUAGUGUGGUUGCUAUGGGCAACACAUUUACAUAUCAGGUAGUUCAAGUUCCAGGAGUGACCGAUUUGCUUAAUAACAGUCCUGAAUUCCUUUUGGAAACUUGGGUAGGGACAAUGAUACAGUCAGACAAAGGAGCAGAUCCUCCAGACAAGGACAUGAAGCUUUCUAUGACCACCAAUCCAGAGAAUGGCCUCUCCCAAAUCCUGAGGCUUGUGCUGCAAGAGUUGAGUCUGUUCUACAGCCGAGAUGUGAAUGGAGUCUGUCUCUUAUAUGACCUCCUUCAUUCCCCAUGGCUACGGGCUCUGCUAAAGGUGUAUGACUGCCUCCAGGAAUUUAAAGAAAAGAAGCUAGUUCCUGCCACACCCCAUGCACAGGUGUUAUCCUGUGAGGUAAUGGAGCUAUUGCGUGAAACCUCUAAUUCCCCUGAGAUCCAAGAGCUGAGACAAACCCUCCAGGCUCCACACUUUAAGGCCUUGCUCAGUGCUCAUGACACUGUAGCUCAGAAGGAUUUUGAACCCCUUCUCCCUCCACUGCCGGACAAUAUCCCUGAGAGUGAGGAGGCAAUGAGGAUUGUUUGUUUGGUGAAAAACCACCAGCCCCUGGGAGCCACCAUCAAGCGCCAUGAGAUGACGGGGGACAUCCUGGUGGCCAGGGUUAUCCAUGGUGGGCUGGCUGAGAGGAGCGGGUUGCUAUAUGCCGGAGACAAACUGGUGGAAGUGAAUGGAGUCUCAGUUGAGGGACUGGACCCUGAACAAGUGAUUCAUAUUCUGGCCAUGUCUCGCGACACAAUCAUGUUCAAGGUGGUUCCAGUUUCUGACCAUCCUGUGAAUAGCCAGAAGACGGUGUACGUUCGCGCCAUGACUGAGUACUGGCCCCAGGAGGAUCCGGCCAUUCCCUGCAUGGACGCUGGAUUGCCUUUCCAGAAGGGGGACAUCCUCCAGAUUGUGGACCAGAAUGAUGCCCUCUGGUGGCAGGCCCGGAAAAUCUCAGAUCUUGCUACCUGUGCUGGGUUAAUCCCUUCUAAACAACUUCUAAAAAGGAAACAACGGGAAUUCUGGUGGUCUAAGCCGUACCAGCCUCACAUCUGCUUCAAAUCAACCAUGUCGAUUUCUAUGGAAGAAGAUGAUGACAUGAAGAUUGACGAGAAAUGCGUGGAAGCAGAUGAAGAAAUAUUUGAAUCUGAAGAACUUUCAGAAGACAAGGAGGAAUUUGUUGGCUAUGGUCAGAAGGUCUUUAUCGCUGGUUUCCGCCGCAGCAUGCGCCUUUGUCGCAGGAAGUCUUACCUAAGCCGGCGGCGUGCCAGCGUGUGCUGCGCUGGCGGCUGCUACAGUGCAGUGGGUGCUCCUUACGAGGAGGUGGUGAGGUACCAGCGACGCCCUUCAGACAAGCACCGCCUCAUAGUGCUUGUGGGACCAUCUGGAGUUGGAGUAAAUGAACUAAGAAGACAACUUAUUAAAUUUAAUCCCAGCCAUUUCCAAAGUGCUGUGCCACAUACUACUCGUUCCAAAAAGAGCUAUGAAAUGGAUGGGUGUGAAUAUCACUUUGUGUCAAAGGAAACAUUUGAAAGCCUCAUAUAUAGUCACAGGAUGCUGGAGCAUGGUGAGUACAAAGGCCACCUCUAUGGCACUAGUGUGGAUGCUGUCCAAGCAGUCCUUGAUGAAGGAAAGAUCUGUGUCAUGGACUUAGAGCCUCAGGAUAUUCAAGUGGCUCGAACUCAUGAGCUAAAGCCCUAUGUCAUAUUUAUAAAGCCAUCUAACAUGAGUUAUAUGAAACAAUCUCGGAAAAAUGCCAAGAUUAUUACCGACUACUUUGUGGACAUGAAGUUCAAGGAUGAAGAUCUACAAGAAAUGGAGGAGUUAGCCCAGAAAAUAGAGACUCAGUUUGGCCAAUUUUUUGAUCAUGUGAUUGUCAAUGACAACUUGCAAGAUGCAUGUGCCCAAUUGUUGUCUGUUAUACAGAAAGCUCAGGAAGAGCCUCAGUGGGUACCAGCAACAUGGAUUUCCUCUGGUACUGAGUCUUAAUGAAGCCUUCUGAUGCUGUAUUUUUAACACUGUAUGCUUGUUACAGAGAUCUGGAAUAACAGCUGCAAUCUAAAACAGCAGUAUUUGACCCAUUAUAAUGCAUGCAACUUUAAACGUGUAGUUUAUUAAUUAAUCUUAUUUGAAAAAAAUUGUACAGGUAUGUAGUUACCUAUUUGGCUCUUAGGAAAUAUCUUUUUCCUUUACCUCAUGUGCAGCAGUGGUAAAAAUAUGAAUAAUGUUAAAUCACUGAGUAUGAGAACCUUUCAUGAAUUUCAUACGGUCUUUGUAAGAAUCAGAUAGAGUUUUCCUAAAUAAAAUA